AUGAAGUUAUUGCAUAAAAUAGAUUCAUCCGUGCUUUUAAAGUUCACGCUUCUUCUUUCGUUUUGCUUCGUCAAGAUUAGAUUCAUUUACUUCCGUUCUAUUUCAGGUAGGAUCGUUGUAGCAGUACCUUGUACCAAUCAGUACCGUUGCGACAAAUGCAAUAAAAAAGUCUACAAGAACAAGGGCAGUCUGAUACGCCACACAAAAAAUGAGUGCGGCAUACUUCCGCAAUUCAAUUGUCUAUUCUGCAAAUAUAAAAGUAGAACGAAGCGGAGGUCGCGGAAUACGCUUCCUCAUAAACGAUAUAAUUGCCAUAAGUGCGGUAUUAAAUCUUACGUUAACAAGAGCACCUUAAAUCGUCAUCUACGAGAAGAAUGCAACAUGGAGCCGCAAAAUUCGUGUCCCUAUUGUAACAAGAGGAUUCAUCAACGAUGCAAUUUUCAGCGACACAUAAAGAAGGUUCACCAUAGUGUGUACCAUAGUGUCAUCCCGCUCGAUUGAUUCACUGAUCAACUGAC